AUGUCUGAAUAUGAAAAUUGGAUGGAGAUGACCCCUGAUGCUAAAAAUUGGAAGUCAAAUAUUACAAGCCGGGGCCGUUUUAGAACGAGCGGCUUAUCAUCAUGGGAUGCGAGUCUUCAAGGUCAAUUUGGUAUAAUUGCUCAAAGUGGAAAAAAUGCAGCUAGUGCUCGUUAUAUCAGCGUUGCAAUCUCUGAAUUUACUCGAAAAAUAUUCCAUCCUCAUGAUGACUCAUUACUAUCAUAUUGUAAUGAUGACGUUCAGUCGGUAGAACCAGAAUGGAAUUUACCGAUUCACCUUGUUAAUGGAUCCGAAGGUUGGAUUCAUCCUCGCGAUAUCGUUAACAAUUUAAAACGAUUAAUUAAUAAUGAAUAUCUAAGUCCAAUGCAUCCCUGGUAUCGUGGGUUCCAGGGCGAAAUUGAACAUGUAACAAGACCAAUGACAAGAUCCACCAAGUUAACGAUGUGUCCAUCCUAA